AGCUGGUUCUGAGUGACGUCAUUGGUCGUCGCCGGGAGGCGGGAAGGACCCCGGCUGUGAGGGAGUAAACAUCCAGAGAAUCGAAACCUGAGAUCGCAGCAGCGGACAGUGCAUCCUAGCGUUGCUCCCGGACCGCCUCGUGAUGACCUGACGGAGAGUCACCGUGGAUUUCCUCAUCUCCUGAGCCGCGCUCCAUACCUCCUUGAGAAUGAAGAGACGAGCAGAGCGGGAGCUCCAGAGCAGCAACCAAAUCCGGCAGAAGAAACGCUUUGAAGAAUUGGGGCUCAACCUGAGCUCAACCUCUGAUGAUGACACUCAGUACAGCAAUCAUGGCACCCAAGAGUCUUCCACAAGUGGCUCCGACAGCGACGGCGAUGAGAAGAGACCAGUUUUCGGGUCUGGGAUUAAAGAGGGCAGCCCAGAUGCGCUGGCAGAGGGAACGUCUUCCCGCUACGCCAUGUUUAACAGCGUCUCCCAGAAGCUCAUGGCAAAGAUGGGUUUCCGUGAAGGAGAAGGUCUGGGCAAGUAUGGACAAGGGCGAAAAGAAAUUGUUGAAGCCUCGAAUCAGAGGGGCCGCCGCGGUCUUGGUCUGAUCCUGCAAGGCUUUGAGAGGGAUCUGAAUAUAAACUGGAGAGACUUGCCUGAGGCCACGGCGUAUGAAGAAGUCGAUUGGUUCCCAGAAUGCACCACAGAGAUCCCCGACGCCGACGAGCUGUCUGAUUGGAUGACGGUGGGCAAGCGGAAGAUGAUCAUUGACGAUGAGACAGAGUUCUGCCAAGAGCCCCUUCUCCGAAGCCUCCUGGAGUGCAAGAGCGCAUUUGACCAGCUGGAGGGGGAGGAGAUGAGAAGAGCCCGGACGCGCUCUAAUCCGUACGAGAUGAUCCGUGGGGUCUUCUUCCUAAACAGGGCGGCUAUGAAGAUGGCGAAUAUCGACCACGUCUUUGAUUACAUGUUUACCAACCCCAAGGACCCUCAGGGGAAACCACUGCUGAAAGACCGAGACUCGGAGCUGCUUUACUUUGCGGAUGUUUGUGCUGGGCCUGGGGGGUUUUCAGAGUAUAUCUUAUGGAGGAAGAAGUGGCACUCCAAAGGGUUUGGGAUGACCCUGAAGGGACCCAACGACUUCAAACUUGAAGACUUCUAUUCCGCGUCCAGCGAACUCUUCGAACCGUAUUAUGGUGAAGGAGGGGUGGACGGCGACGGGGAUGUCACUCGUCCAGAGAACAUCACAGCCUUUCGCAACUUUGUGAUGGACUACACAGAUCACAAGGGUUGUCACUUCAUGAUGGCGGAUGGGGGCUUCUCUGUGGAGGGUCAGGAGAACAUCCAGGAGAUCCUCAGCAAACAGCUGCUGCUCUGCCAGAUCCUGGUGGGACUGUCUGUCGUCAGAACAGGAGGACACUUCAUCUGUAAGACCUUUGACCUCUUCACCCCGUUCAGCGUGGGUCUCAUCUAUCUGCUGUAUUGCUGCUUUGAGCGUGUGUCUCUCUUCAAGCCAGUCACCAGCCGGCCGGCUAACUCCGAAAGGUACGUGGUGGGCCGCGGCCUGAAGGUGGGCACAGAGGACGUACGCAACUACUUGUUCACUGUCAACCUUCGCCUGAACCAGCUGCGUAACUCUGAGCAGGACGUGAAUCUGGUGGUGCCCCUGGAAGUGCUGAGGGGCGACCGGCAGUUUUAUGACUACAUGGUGCGCUCCAAUGAGAGUUAUUGUGAGUUUCAGAUAAAAGCUUUGGCUAAAAUCCACGCCUUCGUCCAGGACUCGUCCCUGAGCGAGCCCCACCAGGCCGAUCUGCGGAAAGAGUGCCUGAAGCUGUGGGGGAUUCCUGACCAAGCUCGAGUGGCCCCGACUAACAGUGACGCUAGGGCCAAGUUCUUCCAGCUGGUCCAGAGCCGGGACAUUGACGUUUACAGUAACAAGCCGACCCCCCUGACGAACAAGACCCUGGAGAAGCUGAGCCACGUGCUGGACUACAGGUGCAUGGUGUCCGGGAGCGAGCAGAAGUUCCUCCUAGGAUUAGGGAGGUCUCAGAUCUACACCUGGGGGGGUCGUCCUUCUGAUCGCUGGACUAAACUGGAUCUAAAAACGGAGCUACCCCGCGACACCCUCCUGUCUGUGGAGAUUGUCAAUGAGCUGAAAGGCGAGGGUAAAGCACAGAGGAAGAUCAGCGCCGUUCAUAUCCUGGACGUGCUCUUCCUUAACGGCAUGGACGUCCGACCGCAGCACUUCACCCAGAGGAUGCAGCUGGCUGAGAAGUUUGUGAAGGCCGUUUCUAAGCCCAGUCGGCCGGAUAUGAACCCCAUCCGCGUUAAAGAAGUCUACCGACUAGAGGAAAUACAGAAGAUCUUCUUGAGGUUGGAGAUGAAGAUCAUUAAGAGCUCUGGUGGGAUGCCGCGGCUCUCCUACACCGGCAGAGAUGACCGCCACUUUGUGCCAUCCGGACUGUACAUUGUGAAGACCGUGAACGAUCCCUGGACCAUGGCCUUCAGUAAAAGCCACAACCGCAAAUACUUCUACAACGUGAAGACCCACAUGUCCAAGUACGAGCUCCCAGUCGAGUCCAUCGCACCAUUUCACGUCUGUUUCUCCGAGCGCCUCUUCUGGGAGUGGGGUGAGGGGGUGCAGAUCCACGAGUCUCAGAAACAGGACCCCAACACGGACAAGCUCUCCAAAGACACCGUCCUGCAGUUCAUCCGGAUGCACCAGCCCUUGUCCUCGGGGGGCAGAGAGGAAAGGUAGUGACCGGACAAGCGGAAGUGCAGGACGCAAGCCACCUCUUCAUCAGCGGCUACCCUCGCCGGGGCGGCUGUCACAGACUUAAAGCCUCAAUAGAGGGGGAAGGACACAUGGAGGCGGAAGGGAGACCCCCUCUAGUUCAUUAAAGAGACAUUUAUUGCACUGCAGGCGGAGACAUGGUGGAAUAUAUUUUCUUUUAGCUCCCGGUCGCUUUUCCGCUUCUAUAUGACAUGUGGUUGCCCGUCCGACACGAGAGACGAGUGCAGAAGGUCCAGGGUCGUCUCCCGGGGCAAAAAUGGAUUGAAAUAUGAAAAACGAUCUGGACGCUAAGUUGGGGGGGAGGGAGUCUGCUGCAGCCUCGCGCCCCCCUCUCCCCACAAUCCAUGACUCGCUUCGAAGCUUCAUCGUCCUGUCAGUGUGUUUUACUGCAUGGUUUGCCUUGUACCCCAUCAUAGGGAGGAGACCCCACUCCUACAGCAAUAAAGCACUAGAGUUUGGAUAUAACACUGGAUUACUGCGCCU